AUGAGUGUCGAGUAUAUUAGAUCUAUGCCAGAAGCAUUCAAGAGGAGACAUAGCACUCGUGCUUUCACAAAAACUGAAUUUGAUGAAAGCAAAAUGAAAUUUGUUGAAAAUAUUGUAGAAAAAAUUAACAAUAUUGGUAAAAAUUUAGGAUACAAAAUAGAGCUAGUUGUUGAACCAGCAGGUUUUGGAAGACUUAACAUGCUUGUAAAUGAAGCUGGAUGGGUUCUUGCACGUGCAUCAAAAGAAAAACUAGAUGUUGAACAAACACGCGAACAAUACAAAGAAAUUGGAUACAUGUUUGAAAGAUGCAUCCUUGAAUUCACACGUAUGGAUAUCGCAACAUGCUGGUUCGGUGGAUUCAACAGAUCAAAAGCUAUUGAAUACUUCGAAAACAAGUAUGAUGUCAUCAUUGUCUUUGCAUUCGGAAAUGAAGGUGAAGAUCGUUGGGUUGAAUCAGUUGUUAAAUGGUUUGGUUCAUUCAGAGGCGAAAGUGUUUAUGAAGAAGAAUUUUUCGAUAGAUACGAGUUUCCGAUGAAAAUUGACAAUGUUGGAGAAAGAGAAGAUAUAUGUCUAGGACUUCAUAAGAUACCAUGUGUUAUGAAACCUCAUAACUUUAGAAUCUUAUUCCAAGAGCCAAAUAUUCACGUUUUCAUCAAUGGUCAUGGCGUGGCAAUGUUUCCAAAUAAUGGAUGGUUCGACAUUGGAAUUGUUCUUGGUACUUUGGCCGAAUAUUACGAAUCAGAAGGUUAUAAAACAGAAAUGGUCAAAUUGGAAAAUGCUCCAACAUGUCCAAAGACUGGAGAAUAUGUGUGCACAGUUGUUUUGAAUAAAUAA